AUGGCUUCCAAGAGAAGAUCUUGUAAAAAUAAACCCGACGUAUUUUGCUAUAUCUGCGGUGAAUACACACUUGUUCAUAACAGGAAUCAAGUCACAUGUUUCAUAAAGCGUGCUUACCAUGCUUAUUUUGGUAUUAAACUUGGUGACCAGGAUAAAGAUUGGGCGCCACACAUGGUAUGCAAGGCUUGCACCGUGUAUCUGCGUCAGUGGACGAAGGGCAAGAAGACGUGUCUGAAGUUUGGAAUUCCCAUGGUUUGGCGGGAGCAGAGAAACCAUGACACUGACUGCUACUUCUGUAGCAUCGAUCUGACUGGGAUAAACAGAAAGAACCGAAGCAGCCUCGAGUAUCCUGAUUUGCAAUCCGCACGUCGUCCUGUAGCUCAUUGUGAUGAUAUUCCAGUACCUGUGUUUCACAAACUUCAAGACAUCAGUGAUGACGAAUCCUCCAGUGAUGAAGAUCAAGAAACAGAAGAAGAAUGGCCAGUUGUUGACGAUGAAACUCCACAGCUUUUUUCCCAACAGGAGCUAAAUGAUCUAGUUCGCGACCUCAGCUUGUCAAAGGCCUCUGCUGAACUGCAUCAAGAGUACCUCCAAUUUUUCUCGGAGGUGCAGGACUUGGUGUACUGCACAGAUAUUGCACAGCUUCUGCACCACCUGGGAGUGCCGCAGUACAAGCCCGAAGACUGGAGACUGUUCAUUGACAGCAGCAAGCGGUCACUGAAAUGUGUUCUACUGCACAACGGCAACCAGUUUGCCUCUGUGCCCCUUGCUCACUCUACUAAACUGAAGGAGAAGUAUGAAGCGGUGAAGUAUGUGCUGGAGAUGAUUCGUUAUGAUCAGCAUAAGUGGGUUAUUUGUGUCGACCUGAAGAUGAUGAAUUUUUUGUUGGGGCAACAAUCCGGGUUCACCAAAUACCCAUGUUUUCUGUGCAUGUGGGACAGUAGAGACACUACUCACCAUUACACGAAGAAGGACUGGCCUGUGCGAGAGGAACUAGUGCCUUGCAGAGCAAGUAACGUUAUCAACAGCCCUCUGGUGGACAGAGACAGGAUACUCUUCCCACCACUGCACAUCAAGCUUGGCUUGAUCAAGCAGUUCACAAAAGCUCUAGACAAGGAAGGUGGCUGCUUCAAUUACAUGUGCCAGACAUUUCCGGGAGUAACCAUAGUGAAGUUAAAAGCUGGUAUCUUUGACGGUCCUCAAAUCCGUCGGCUCAUCAGAGAUCCAGAGUUUGAAAAAUCAAUGAACAAAGUGGAACAGGAAGCAUGGAAUGCUUUUGUUCUCGUUGUGAAAAACUUCCUUGGCAACAACAAGGCCAGAAACUAUGCUGAACUUGUCAACAAUAUGGUGACUGCUUUCAAAAAACUCGGAUGCAACAUUAGCAUCAAACUGCAUUAUCUAUUUUCACAUAUGGAUCGUUUUCCUGAGAAUCUUGGAUCAAUGAGCGACGAGCAGGGAGAGAGAUUCCACCAGGAGAUGAAGGAGAUGGAGACCAGGUAUCAGGGACGUUGGAAUGCCGUCAUGAUGGCUGAUUACUGCUGGACUCUAAAGAGAGACAUCCCUGAUGCUGAGCAUUCCAGGGUAUCCAAUAAACGGAAGUUCCAGCCCUAA